UCGUGUGCACCUGUGAAAGACAUUCAUCUGUCUCGUGAGGAGAAACAUCACAUUCCAGCGUGAGCCUUCCAGGGGAAUGCCUUCAUCUCAACACAUCACAUCACAGCAUGAUUUGUUGCAAAUGAUGGCAUGGACCACCUUGGUCAAGAUCUUUGAACACAAUGCUGUGAUGACGUGCAGCUCGCUUAAUGCACAUAGACACAAGCUGUCAGAUGAAUAAGCAGCAGUUCUACAGGCAUGGCAUCAAACGGCACAUAUGCAGGAGAGCCCUGGGACGUGAUUAUCCUCUCCCUCACACUUUCGUUUCUUGCUGUGCUGACGACGGCCAUGAACUGCUUGGUCAUUACAGCCAUCAUUGUCACACGCAAGCUGCACCAUCCCGCAAACUAUCUCAUCUGCUCACUGGCCGUGACCGACCUUUUGGUGGCCGUAUUAGUCAUGCCCUUCAGCAUUGUCUACAUUGUGAUGAACACGUGGGUCAUGGGUGAAGUCAUGUGCAACAUCUGGUUAAUCGUGGACAUAACCUGUUGCACGUGCUCCAUUCUGCACCUCGCGGCCAUCGCUGUGGACCGAUACCGCGCCAUUACGGACGCCGUGGAGUAUUCGAGAAAGAGGACAUCUCUAUGGGCCGCCAUCAUGAUCAGCGUGGUAUGGCUCCUCUCGAUAGUGGUCUCUCUGCCACCAAUGCUGUUGAGACGCCAGGAAGAAAACACGUGCAUCAUUAAGCACGACAACAUCGGCUCCGCGCUUUACUCCACGUUCGGGGCAUUUUAUAUCCCGCUAAUACUCAUUCUCAUUCUCUACUACAAGAUCUACCGAGCAGCCAAGACUCUUUACAACAGGAGAGCCAGUUGCCUCAACAAGCCGGAGAUGAACGGACACAUGCUUCCCAAGUGCAGCGACCGGGAGCCGACGAGCCCGGACACUCUGAGCCCUCCGGAGAAAUCGGUGUCUGAACCUUCCACCGAAGGCGACAGGGUGCGCAUCACUGCGAAAAGCCCAGAGUCUCGGUCUCGCAGAGAGCGGUCUGUCAGGAGACGUCGCAUCUCCAGCACGCGUGAAAGGAAGGCCGCCACCACUCUGGGACUCAUUCUGGGGGCUUUUGUCAUCUGCUGGCUGCCCUUCUUCAUCCAUGAGGUGAUUGUUACCAUCUGUGAAUCCUGCAGUCUCUCUCCUGAGAUGACCAACUUUCUGACUUGGCUGGGCUAUCUGAACUCUCUCAUCAACCCGCUGAUUUACACCAUCUUUAAUGAGGAUUUUAAAAGGGCUUUUCAGAAGUUGAUCAAGUGCAAGAAUUAUCUCUAACGCCAAUGAAGGGAUUGCGU